AUGACAGAUUCAUCAAUAUCAUAUUGUAAUAGUCAAUCUAUUAAAUUUCCAUCUUUAUUUGGAAUAUUUAAACAUACUAAAUAUGGAUAUAUAUUAUAUGAUACUGGUUAUUGUAAUAGAUUUUAUAAAGAAACUAGUAAUUUACCUUUUUAUUUAUAUGGUAAAUUAAUACCUGUUUAUUUAAAUGAAAAUGAAUCUGCAAGUGAAAUAUUAAAUACUAAAUAUGGUAUAAAUAAUAAUGAUAUUAAAUUUAUUAUCAUUUCACAUUUUCAUGCAGAUCAUAUAAGUGGUUUAAUUGAUUUUCCAAAUGCUAAAUUUAUUUAUUCUAAAGAAGGUUUUGAAUAUUUAAAUCAAUUAAAAAAUUCAAAUUCAAAUAUUAAAUGUUGUUUAAAUGGAUUUAUACCAAAUUUAUUACCUUUGGAUUUUUUAAAUAGAUCUAUUCAAUUAUCUAUAAAUGAUUUUAAAUUUAUUAAUAAUAUUCCAUUUAAAGUAUUUGAUUUAUUUAAUGAUAAUUCUAUUUUUAUUGUUGAUUUACCUGGUCAUUGUUUAGGUCAUUUUGGUGUUUUUUUUAAAUGUAAUAAUCAAAAUUUAUUACAUAAUAAUACUAUUAAUAAUAAUGAAAAUAUUAAUAUUGAUAGUAAUAGUAAUAAUAUGACUAGUAAUGAAAAUAUUAAUAUUGAUAAUGAAAAAUCAUAUUUACUUAUUGGAGAUGCAGCAUGGUCAUUAAGAGCUAUAAAAUUAAAUGCAUUACCACAUUUGUUAACUAAAUAUUUUGUUCAACAUGAUUGGAAUGCCUAUUCAAAUACUCUGAAUGAAUUACAUAAAAUUUAUAAUGAAUCAAGUUUUCAUAUUAAUAAUUUGAAAAAGACAAGAAAAGGUCAAGAACCAAUUAAUCCACAAAAAAAGAUUACAAAUCAUAUUAGAAUUAUACCAUCUCAUUGUUGGCAAGUUUAUGAAUCAUUUUGUCAACAGCAACAACCACUUGGUAGUGAUGGUACAACUCCAAGUACCACCACUUCAAUAAUUUCCAAAUUGUAA